GUUUUUUUUUUAUUAUUCAUGUUUUUUGCUCGAGGGAAAUUAGAUAAAAAGGUGGAAGCGGCAGAAUCGGAUCUUUUAAGGUAUCUUAGGUAAUCUUGCCUUUUAUAAUGUCCAGCAAGUGCAUUAUUUUUUGCAUCUUAGGGAAACUUAGCAUCAUAUAUAAAGUUAAACACCUUUUUAAAGCUUUUUCUUGAGCCAAAAAGGUUAAAGAAAAUCUGUUUUUUUGAGUUGGAGAAGGAGGAGGAGAUUCAAAGCCGUGCAAGAAAAGAACACUAUAGGUGUCUUAUCCGUGUUGCCUAUAUAAAAGCAACAAAGCUUCAUAUUUCUAUUAUUUUGGGUGAUUAAAUUUUGGUGCGAUAUAAUGGAUUUCUGGCCAGAGUUUCUUGCAAGUAGCUGGGGAAAAGAAUUUGUUGCCGGAGGUUUCGGUGGCAUGGCCGGCAUCGUCUCCGGUUAUCCGCUCGACACCCUCAGAAUACGGCAACAAAGCACGGAUUCGGGCUCGGCCUUUAGCAUCCUACGUCGGGUUGUUGCCAGGGAAGGACCUGGGGCACUCUAUUGUGGCAUGGCUGCACCAUUGGCGUCAGUCACCUUUCAGAAUGCUAUGGUUUUCCAGAUAUAUGCCAUUCUUUCACGAGCAUCCGACUCGUCUGCUUCCGCCGCCGAUCCACCUUCCUACAAGGGUGUUGCACUAGGAGGAGUCGGAACAGGGGCCUUACAGAGCAUCAUGCUUGCUCCGGUAGAACUAGUAAAAAUCCGCCUGCAGUUGCAGAAGACAAGUUUUCCAGGUUCUCAAUCAGCUAGUGCUCAUAAAGGGCCAAUUAGUGUUGCUAAAACCAUACUAAAAACAGAAGGCUUGAGGGGACUAUACAGGGGUUUUACCAUCACUGCCCUUCGAGAUGCGCCUUCUCAUGGCUUCUACUUUUGGACGUACGAGUAUAUGCGAGAACAGCUUCAUCCAGGUUGCAGAAAGAGCGGCCAAGAAACCCUCAGAACAAUGCUGAUAGCAGGAGGUUUAGCAGGGGUUGCUAGCUGGGUUUGCUGCUAUCCCUUGGAUGUUGUAAAGACUAGACUGCAGGCUCAGUCACCGGCCUCCCCACAGAAGUACAAUGGCAUCAUUGAUUGUCUCCAAAAAAGUGUAAAUCAGGAAGGAUAUCGCGUUCUAUGGAGAGGACUAGGGACUGCGGUUGCUCGAGCUUUUGUAGUCAAUGGGGCUAUAUUUUCUGCUUAUGAGAUUGCAUUGAGGUGCUUAUUCAACAAUAAAAACAUUCAGACUGAUAACACAGUCUAGAAUAAACUGGAGUUUACAAAAGAAUCGAGAUGGUAAAAAAAAUGCACCAUGUCCAUGAGAUGAUAAAUCAACAACAAUUUAUUCAUAGCUAAUCAGAGCAGGCCAAGGAUCAUGUAUGAUAUGCCAAGAUGUUCUAUAAGUGAAACAAGUGAAUAAAAGUAAAGGUAAUCUGCCUUACCUCUCAGCAACUGAAAAGCGUCAUCUUCAGAGUAUAGAAAAGCCAACAUCUUAUCCUCAUUCUUGCUGUUAAAUAAUAUGAAUCAAAGUGGAUACGCUCCCAUCUUAUAAA